GUCAGAUUUUACGGAACUCGCGGAGUUUACUGACCUUCGGAAGUGGGAAAUAAGACGUCGACAGCGUUUAACACCGAGUACAUAGCGGUACAUUAGGUACACAAACAUGUAUUGGACAACAUUAACCGUAUUGGUUACCUUUUCGUGUCUUCAUCUGACGGUUCUAUGUUCGGCCGACGAACACAACAUAAAGACGUACAGCGCAGGUGAGAAACAAAUAUAUCUUUGAAUUUAACGUAAGAACAAUAAUUAAGUAUAGUAAGUAGGUUUAGGUGUGUAAAUGUGUUAUACACGCCGAUAGUGUAAACAUUAUGAUUUCGAGAGGACGUUAUAGCCGCAUCUACUGUCUCAGUCCAACUACCGGGUUAACGUACAAAAAUCACGCUUACGCAGAAUAAACAAAACUAACUUAAUUUUGAUUAUUUUAGAGUAAAAGUGCCUACAAUGAAAUGUAUAGAGAACAAUAUUUUAAAGGGAAUUUCAUAGGGUUUUUGUAUUAUUCAAAAUAUACAGCUCGAUAUAAAAUAUAGAAAAACCUUUAUUAUUAUUAUUAUUUUUUUUUAAAUAACUAUAACUUUUUUAAUAGGUCAUAAUUCAAAAAUCGCCUAAGACGUUUCCUCCAAAAUAUUGUUCUCUAUAAAUUUCAUAAUAGCUACUUUUACUCUAAAAUCGAAAUUAAGAUAGUUUUACUUAUUCUGCGUAAGCAUUUGGUUUUGCAUGUUACCCGGUAGUUGAACUGAGACAGUUUAUGGGGCUAUAACGUUAUCUUAAUAUUAUAUGCUCGUGGACUAGAAAUCAAAACGAUUUUGUAAAUUACGGUAUUGUGUAACCGAUAAAACUAUAAUACUGGUAAAAACGUUAUUAAAAACUGUUUUCGAAUCUUGUCAUUCAUUGCGGAAGUAUAAAUAGUAGCAUGUGGCGUGACUAGUGACGCAACUACACUGAUUUGAGCUCGUGUAAAUAAAAUGAAUGCCCCCCCCCCUCUUGAAAAUAGAAAAAUUGUAAUAUUAUUUGUUCAAAUGUAUUUACUUAAUAUAAAUAAAUUGUUUGUACUUAAUAUGAAUUGUAACUAAACAAUUUUAAAAAAAUAUUAAAAAUUAACUAGUUUUAAAAUUGAUUUGUCUAAAUUUUAAAAUAUAUUUUGGAAUUUAAAAUUUUUACUCGUAAAAAAUAAGGUUAAAUUAGUUAAAACAUAUUGAACACAUAUUAUGUAUUUAAAAAUAAAUAAACGUAAUAAUUUGCAGCCUUUUUUAUCAGUUUUAAAUAUAAAUAUUUAUCAAAUAAAAAACGAAAAUGAACACCUAAAAACAAUAAAACCUAUGGAAUAGAUGAGAUCCCAGUUGAAUUUCUGGAAUACACAGUAGUAGAUAUUCAAAAUAAACUAUACAAAUUAUUUAAUGAAACAUAUCUAAAAGAAGAAACUAUUAGUGAUUUUUGAAAAGGGUAUUUUGGUAUUAAUUCCAAAAAAAAAAAAAAAAGAAGGAAACACAAAAAUGUGAAGAAUACAGAACAUUUAACUUCACCUCACAUACCUCAAAAAUCAUCAAAGAACAGGAUAGAUAAAACGAUAAAUGAAAAUCUGGGUAGGGACCGAUUUUGAUUCAGGAAAAGAAUAGGUACCAGGAAGUCAAUAAUAACUCUGAGAAUACUUAUAGAAAAACAAACUAGAAGGAAUAAAGACGCAUGCACUGUUGUUCUAGAGAAGACCUUUGAUAAUUUGCAUUGGAGUGAAUUAUUCGAUAUCUUAGAAGCGAUUGGUAUUAGGUAUAAUAUGAUAGUAAAUGUAUUCAUAACUUACACAAAAAUUAAACUGUACCGAUACGCAUAGGCGAAAAAGAAGAAGAAGCACAAAUUGAAUAGGGUUUGCGUUUGGUGGCGUUUAUCAAUUUGUUCAAUCUUCAUUAAUAAUUACUAUAACAAAAUUAUUUUAUUUUAUUUCUACAUAUUUUACAUUUGUUUUUAUCAUUGGUCCCCGUUGUAAUCUGGGCCCUGGGCCCGUGUGUUUAAUACACGCAACACAUCCGAUUAUUAAGGCACUGGGCAUAUGACAUUCGUAUGUUAUGAAUUCAGUUUUUUAUGCGCGAGAAAAUAAUAAUAAACGUUUAAAAACAUUCCGUGAAACGUGAGCAGAUUUUGUACGAUUUCUUUACAAAACAUUGUUUUAAACAACUUUAAAACAUGACAUAGUGGACAUUUGUGUUGGACUUUUCUUCUUGAUUAGAAGUUUUAAUUAGUCAAGGAUUUUAUUGUACCAAUUUCCGAAGGUUAUAAGUGGGUUUCUAUUACACAAUAUAAAAAAAAUCUUUUACAUCCGCAUUGUUUUUUCUAUAAAUUCGUUGAUUUUUCUUCCGGCGAACCACUUUUCCAACCGAAACCUUUCGACCGUCAAUAACUGUAAUAUACCUUCUAAACGAAAAUGUUGUCCCGUUGGUACAAUGGGUGGCUUAUUUUUUGAUUUUUUUUUUUCAUUGCCGUUUGUUUUAAUAAUUGGGAAAAAAAAACUACGGAGAAAAUCUACCCUUUAACGGUUUCCGAUAUCGGUUUCGAUAUAAUUUAUUAAAAAUAAUCUCAGACACCUGGGAUAUUCAAAUUAGAUUUUUAUAGUAUAGAACGUUUUCAAAAAAUUCGGACAUUGCGUGAUUUAUUUAUUGAAAUUAAUCAUUUUUGACAAUUGAAAUUGUCGAAGUUGAGUUUUUGUAUCUGAUUAAUACAAUAAUUUAUAUAUCUACACGCAACGAUUUCACAUUGUAACUAGGCUGAAAUAUAUGCAUUUUGAUAAUAGAUUACUAGUUGUUUUUUUUUUUUUUUUUGUAUUUUGAAAUCAAUGGGACGGGGGUUGGUAUAACCCCUAACCUCCUAUCUUGCGCACGCCACUGUAACGUAACAGGGAUAACGCAUUAUUCGACAAUGAUAUGAAAACGACGCGUGACCAUAAAAUAAAUAAAUAGGGGCGAUAAAUUAAAAAUCAUUUUAAAAUAAAUAUUAAACGAUUCCAUAACGAAUGGAAAAAACGAAAAUCCAAUGCGCUCGAAAUCCUCCGAGAUAAUUGCUGGUUCGUGAUAAAAAAAAAAAAAAAAAAGAAAAGAAUCCGCCCUGCAUACUCGUCAGUAAGACGUAUUACAAUUUGUUCGCGCGUCUUCUCCUCUGCUCUCGGGCCUCGGACCGUAUUGUCAUAAAAUACAAAAAAUAUUAAUAAUUAUUAUUAAAAUAAUUCGAACUCGAAUGGAAUAUCGGUACAAUAUUGUCGCGCAUCACGUAUUGUUUUUAAACAAAUAUUUGUGUGAACGCCGUUUUUAGAUUACUACGACGCGAAAGACUGCCGGCUGUCGGUGGCCGACAACGCGGUCGCGUUAAAAAUGCCCGUGCCCUUCCGGAGAGACGACCUGCACCGGCACUCGAUCAUCUAUCCGGACAGCGACGGCCGGCUGCGCGUCAAGUUCUUGCACGGAUUUAAAAUGUCGUGCACCACCGCCGGCAAGUUCGCGUCGGCCGACUUGAGCAACGUCACCGAAGUGCUGGUGGUGUGCGCGGGCGACAACUCGCUCUGGUACCUCGGUCGCGAGUACGCGUACGCGGAUUUCGUGUGCAACCGUGAGCCGAGGUCGGAGCUGACGGUGACCGACGAGACUUGCCAGGGCGACGGCGUCGUGGUCGCCGUGGGGUUCCAGACGGAAUCCGCUUACCUGGGCGCGUACCGGGUGUGCUUCGACAAGGCGACGAAAAACAGCCUGUACUCGUGGUACGACUCCAGGUCGCCGUACUACGACCAACACCAGUCGAUGAAGAAACGGCCGUCGUUCGUCGCCUCCAGACAGCUGUACGGCAAUACGAACGUGAACAAAUUGUACACCGUCGCCCAACAAGUGAGUGCCUAUCUCAUCAGUCGGUUAAGAAUUUAAUACCUUACACCUAGGUACUCAAUAGACGUGUGUGCAUACGCAGUUUGAAAAAAAAAACUAAUAUUUUAAAAAUUAACAUAUUUAAUAUUGGCUUUAAAGCGGCGGUGGAUCCGCGGGGGCAGAGGCGGGACCUCAACGAAAAAAAUAUUUGAUUUCUACAAACAAUUAAUUGUUUAACGAGGAUUUCCGAAGAAGAAAAGCGGAGAGAAGCGAUGAAUUUAUCGAUUGUACUAUGAAAUGGAUUUUUCCUUUUUUUUUUCUUUUUGUCAACAAAUUUUCAACCAAAAAUCCUACUUCAAACAAAAAAAAAAACAGUUAACAAUGGUUUAUCGGUAUUUACAGAUAUAAAUUGAGUAACCUUAUAUGUCCUGUACCUUCUCAACUUCCCACCUAUAACAAUCCCCCAUCCCAAAAUUCAACUCUGGGUCCGUCAAUGCUUUAGCGAGAAUGCCGGAAACAUUAUAUCAUUGAAAAUUAAAAACAAUAAAACGUGCCCAACUUUUUCCAAUAUUAAACCGUUUAACGAUUUCAUUUCACACACGUAUACUUUUCCAUUUUUUACACUUGAAAUAUCAAAUUUACGUUGUCAACGUAAACGUUUUAUUUUAAUCCACGCAUUUAAAAACACGUAAAAAUAACAAACCAUUAGCAAUAAAUAUAUUAAAAUUAAAAUAACAUAAGGAUUUUAUACUUUCGCCAAUUGAUAAAAAUUGACUAAAAGGAAUAAUAAAAAAAAAAACCAUUAAAAUAUAUCAAAAACUAAAUUAAGUAUGCUAAUACGCGAAUUUCUUAAAUAUUUUUAAAAUGUAAUACUGUGUGCCUACAUUAAUACGGUACAAAUCAAAUUCGAUACUUAUUAUAAACUCGUAUGAUAUUAUAAUAUGCGAGUUUACUUUGAUCUUUUAUUAUAUUGCUUAACAGAUUACCGAUUUAUAUUACAGAGAAAAACAGUGGCAAAAAUCCUGAGAUCGGAUUCUCUAGCGAAUAUGUACAUAAAAAACGACAACAAUCACUCUUUGUCCAGAGGCCAUUACACACCUAAAGCUGACUUUUAUUUCGGUUUUGAACAAUCGGCAACGUAAGUGUCCGUUGAAUAAAUUUCAUUGAGGUGAUUGAAACAACGCUAUUCCCAACAGCGGCGUCCAAACAAUAUUUUCACGGCGUAGCAGAAUUUUAAAUUUAAAACCACUUCACACCUCAAAAGCGUUUACCCAUAUAGGUAUUUUUCAACCCCUACAACCUACUACCUUGAAAGUUUAUACCCAAAUCUCAAUUAGCCUUCCUCUGACGGAUGUGACGUAUAAAAUAUAUGUUCGUAGUAGGUACUAUAAAAAUAAUUAAAACAACUUUUUUUUUUUUUUAUUUAAAAAAUUAGUUUGAUUUGUGUUAAUAAUUUUUUUUAGUAUUAAAAUGGUAUAUUUAUACCUAUUUAAUUACUAAUUAGUAAAGCCGUUACAGGGCAGAAUUUUUCAGCCCCGCUGCUGUUGUAUUAUCGUCAAUAUAUAUAUAUAUAUAUAUAAAUUUUUUAGAGCUAUUUAAGGACCUUUUUGACUUUGCAAGCGCUUUUUUUAUUGGUUUUAAUUGCAUUCAAAUCGGUUGCCUGAUAAUUAUUAUCACUUAUUUAUUUUAAUAUUAUAAUUAUAACCUUAUUUUAAAAUACGCAAAAUUUACUUUGAUAGUAAUACCCAUGUAUAAAGACGAGCAGUUCGGGGUAGACCAGGCCCGGCUCAUGGGAUUGGCGACAUAGGCCCGCGCCUAGAGCGUAAUUUGUUCAGGGGUGGCGUUGAAAAUUGUCAACGUGGUUUUUACACGCGUAAGGGGCGGCAAAACUUAAGUUUGCUCGGGUGCAUUUAAUCGAUUUAAAAGCGCGAUUGUACUAUUAUUGCAAUUCUAUAACGCGUGUAUUUAUAGGUUUUACUACGCGAACGUGGCGCCGCAGUGGCAGAGUUUCAACGGGUACGCGUGGAACCACCUGGAAAUGUGGACCAGGUACCGGAUGGACAACAGCACCGGCAGGCGGGUGAUCGUGACCGGCACGUACGGGUCGUGCACGCUGCCCGACGUGGACGGCGUCGAACAACCGCUGUUCCUGGACCCGCCCACCGACAUACCCGUGCCGCUGUUCUAUUGGAAGUUGUACUACGACGCGGACGCGGAGGACGGCAUGGUGUACGUGGGCCUGAACAACCCGUACAUGAAAAUCGACGAGAGCGCGUACAUAUGUCCGAACCUGUGUCCGGACGGCUACCGCGGCAACGGCGACACGAGCUACGUCGCAGCCGCCGGGAAAAACGACGAGAACGACGGGUUGAUUUAUUGCUGCAGCAAAGAAUCGUUCGAGGAGGUGUACGGCCGGUUGGAUCCGAUCGUGUUCCGUUCCGUCUGACGAGUGCGCCGAGAACUAUAUAAUAUAGUCACUGUAGGUCUAGCCGUAUUAUUAUCGCCGUUAUUAUUAUUCCGCCGGUCCGUCCGAUCGGAUAUUGCGCAGCGCCUACGCUCGAAAACUCGGCUGUACGGCUCUGUAAUACGCGACGACGCAAUCGCCCGGGACGCGAUCGGUUUGCGACACGACUUUUUCAACCGGUCGCUCCGGACACCUGUGUACGGCUGCGUUCCCGUCGAAAAACCAUUGUAAACAAGUCCGGAUUACGUCUCGGAUUCGGGCAGGGCAACUGAAAAUCACCGGAAACCGGCGGCGAGUAUUAUUGGCUACUUACCUAUAUUUGAAUCCCAAGGAUUCGUGUAAUACGAAAUUUAUUACGAUGUUAUUUGGUAACCUGUCGUUUUACCGAAAACCGUUUUGAGAGAAUCGGAACGCGACGGAUAAUAUCGGAUUUCGUAUUUUCGUAUAAAUUAUUCAAUUACCGGAUAUGUACACGGAGAUGUUACGGAAUUGUUAUCAACGAUUAACAUAAAUGUAUAAAAAUUAACCUGCACAAUACCGAUUUCGUUUUACACUUUUGCCCUCCGUCCCGAUAUUCCGCUAGAAUCCAUCGCCAUAGCGAUCCCGGUCUAUCAUUGCGUUCCCGAAGCGUGCUGUUCCGUCAACCCCGUUCGUGUGUCCACGUGGUUGGAACCCGGAUUGACCUUUUUGACACAGCCCGAUUGAGCACGCCAACGUUACCGAGGUCUUCUUCCGGGGCGCUUGCCUCCUAUUGGUUUAUUAACCAGAACACUACGAAGCAUGUUCCGCUCAGAUGGCCACACAAGACGACCUUCGGAAAGCACUCAUCGGACAGUUUAUUGAACAGAGAUUCCGAG